CUCUGCUUUUGCAUCUAAAACCCUAUAACCAAAAUACUGAAAGUGUCCGUAUUCUACUCUGAUUUUGUAUCAUCAGCCUUCCGCCAUGUGUAAGGGCGCGCCUUUGGCUAGUUGGUCCGAGUCUGGGAGGAUUGUACCACAGAAAAGUUCCUUACAUCUUUCUACCGAUUAUUGAAGUGUUACUUUGAGGAGCCCCACUCCCAUCUCAUGAUGCAGGUUUC